AGGGAUUCAGUUCAUGAUAGCUACUAUAGGACAGAUCAUCAACAUCCCGUUCGCAGCGCACGUGUUUCUGCCGAUCUACUUCAAGCUGAGGCUGACUAGCGUCUACGAGUAUCUAGAGUUGCGCUACAAGUCCAAGCCAGUGCGCAUUCUGGGCUCGAUUCUCUUCACGAUACAAAUGGUGAGUAUAUUGCAGAAGCCGAUACUGAUGCUCACCUAUGAAGAGCGGUGUGUAGCAACGGAAGCUACGGCGUUCAAGCUGCUGUACCUGGCUGUGGUGCUGUACGCACCGUCACUAGCCGUCAACGCUGUCACGGGACUCGACAUCUGGAUCAUCAUGGUCAUCGUCGCCGUCGUCUGCACAUUCUACACGACGAUCGGUGGACUGAAAGCCGUCAUAUGGACUGACGUCUUCCAAAUGGUCGUGAUGUUUGGAGGAAUGAUUGCUAUUUAUUUUCUAGGAGUCGACAAGGUCGGCGGAUUCAGCGAAAUGUGGACCAGGUGCAAGGAGAACGGACGCAUUGACGGCAUCAUAUGGGAUCCGGAUCCGACGAUCUACCAGUCCGUGUGGAGCAUGGCAGUCGGAUACACCUUCUACUGGCUGUCCUUCUACGGCGUAAACCAGGUUAUCGUGCAGCGAUACUGCAGCAUGCCCACACUACGAGACGCGCAGAAACCGGUGAUAGAAACGUAG